AUGAGUCGUGAAGGUACUUCGCAACUGCGAACUCUACUCCUUGCACUUAGUGUUGAUUGUAUGUAUCCAACGUCUACUCGUAUUCCAGAAUUAUUUAUCUCAUCAUCGAGUACUGCAUGCUGGGAAAAUCAACUCAUGAAAAGCAAAAUGAGUACUCGAGAUAUCUUCUACUAUGCUGUUGGCAUCGCCUUCAUAAUUACCCUUCUGAUUGCAUUCUUCUUUUCGUCAACAAUUACAAUUAUCAUUAUCUGUAAUUGGCGUUCACGCUGCAAAUCCGUAUCAAAUUUUCUUACGGUGAACUCAUGCAUAUGUUACAUUCUUUUCGUUAUUUCCCUAUUAAUUCAAGUUCCAUCGCUGUUUCAAAAUAACGAACAAGACGCUAACAAUCCGUUCUCGACGUGGUGUCGAUUUCGUGGAUGUUUCUUUCUAGUUAUUUGCAUUAUUAAAAUGCUCUCGUAUACCGUUCAUGCUAUUUCGCGAUAUUUUAUCAUUGUUCUUCACCAGCAUAGGCAACUCUUAACCUAUGGCGCCAACGCAAUCAUGGUCGGUCUCAGUUGGAUAGUGGGCAUAUUUAUCGGAUGUGCAGUGUUGAUUUCAUCAACAGCAUUUCAGUACGAAGACGAGUCUCGAAUGUGCCUUAUGUCAAGUAAAGUUUUUCACACAUCAUUCUCAACAAUGUCUGUUGUAUUCUUUAUUCCUAUGAACACAGUUAUUAUUUUAUACGUUCUUAUUUUGCGACAUACAACGCGUGUCCAUCACAUCCAAUCGAAUAUUAAUACUAGAAAAAAGAACCAACGAGACCUGAAAGUGUACCAAAACAUUCUUCGAGUUUUAUGUAUCAUCAUCAUCGGUGGAACUCCAUAUACUGCAAGCAUGAUUGUCAAUAAAUUCGGCUCAAUUCCUUGGCCUUUCUAUUCGAUAUCGAUUUUAUUCAUUGCAUCAGCAACCGCCAUCGAGUGCGCAGCCAUAUUCUUUGUCAACAAAGAUGUCAAGACCAUCCUCUAUACUAAGCUCGCUGUUCGACAUAACAAAGUCACGCAAGCGGCCACUGUUGGACCAACAAUAACAUUAAGUUACAGACGACCUGACUUAAAUCAUGCUACGAUAGCAGAAGUGAAAGCAUAG